AUGGUAUCAUCAAUUUUCCAGUCCCGAAAGGCUUCUGGACAAUCAAAUCGCAGUACUGGCUCUCCAGCGGCAUCUCCGAUCAUUGAGAAGACCGGGGGUUUGUCCCCUUCGGACACAUCGGACCCCGUCUCAUCCAACCCUGUUUCUAUGGAUGGAAAAGACGAGAGGAAGAGUCGCCGCAAGUCAUGGCUCGGACGAAGCAAGAGCACCGAGAAGGUGGCGCAAGAGCCUGCAGCAUGGAUCCUCAAUCAUCCGGAAAGACUUCCCUACGACACCACUCUUAUAACGGAUAACAACCAACCGCUGGAUGUGUGGGACGACUCCGGUGAUUGUGAUGUGCAUAUAUUCCCAAGGACCUCCAGUCAAGGCCCUUCCUUCCGAAUUGACUCGACCAUACUGGCUUCAUCCAAACUGUUGUCCGAUCUGAUUCUACCUCUCGAAACAGACCUUAGUACUUGGGGAGGAGGUGUUGUACGAAUCGCAAGAGUACCUACUGAUUGCUUUGCGACUCCAGGGGUCUCCUCCACGCGUCCUGGAGAGUUCAACACGCCUUCUAUAGACCCUAAGCACGGAUCGAGGUGCUGGAUUCUCAUGCCUGCCACAUCUCAGGCACUGCGAAGUGACUACGAGAACAUUAUUGCAGUGCGUAACCUCUUCGGCUUUUUAACCAACCGGCCGCUUGUUGCCACGCGCGCGCAUCCGACUGUUGUUUCCGUGUUCGUAAAACUGGCAGAGACACUUACGCGUUUCGGUUUCUCCAAUCUCGACGGCUCUACAUUUGGCGAGAUCGCAACGUCUUGUUUCGAUAGCUACGUAGAUGAGUUCGAUUUGACAGAUGUGAGAUACAGCAACGAAAAAACUAUCCAAGGCAUCCUCCUAGGGGAGCGUUUGAAGAACGUCAAGUUAUACAACGAGGCAUUUACACAUGCUGUCGGAAAGCAUGACGAGCUCUUUCGAUUUGGCAGCCCAGAACUCGGACUCAUGAGCCCUAUAACUUUCAACAGAUUGAAUCGCGCAGCAAUGAAUCUGGAGAAGCGUACGGCCAGCGUUCGACAUACCUUGAAAGACUUCGAUUUUCCGCAGAUCUUCUCGGGCACUCUGAACAGCAAGACAGUGGAUGAGCGCAAGGACGUCGAUUUCGAUCUCUUGCGAAACUCAUUCUUCUCAACUCGACGAUUUGUUCUCUCAUUUUACAAGGCUCAUUAUGGUUCGUGGCCACCGAAAGCUUCCAAGGAGAAUGAGCUCGAGACCAACGGUCUCAAUCGGAUUGUGUGCCAAAAUCUGUACCAUGAUUUUUGUGCUGUAUACGAUCUCUUGGUAGAUCGGUCGAGCCUCACGAAUCGUACUGCAGACAGUGUUUUGAUUGAUGACAAGGACGUUGACUUGCCAGCAAUACGAGCCCUCCGUGCGGUGUUGAGCGAGUAUGAUCGCUCUACACCACCUGUUCGCCCGCCCAUCCCGUUCGAUUUACCAAUCAUCCCGUCGUUAAGACAGACGCGCUCCGGCAAUGGGUGGUCCGACUCGAAGAGGGAAAUUAAGGCUAUUUCGAAGAAGCUGAAAGAUGAUGACAUUGCCGAAAUUAUGACCGCUUCGCAUAACACAGACGUCCCGCCUUCUCCGUUCUUGAAUUCCUUUAGGGAGAUUGAGCGUAAGGCUGCGAGGCAUUGCACUAUCAAGGAGCUAUCGGAGCUAAGAAUAGGUCAAUGGCUUUUCGUAUACGCCGUUCUGCAAACCUUGCCAAUGGUAGUUGUCGACGGGCCUCAGCUUCGAUACACUCAAGAAGUCGAGUACUUCUUGUGUGAACCUCCCAGCUUCGGAGUGCCCUGGGUCACGGAGGAUGCCCUACGCGAUACCAGCAACACAAGAUCGACCAGAGCAGGGGAUGUAUCCUGCCUUCCUGCUGACACCAUCCAUCACGGAACUGAGGGGAUAUACUUUCGGAGCCACUGCUGGCAGAUGGCGAAGCAAUGGACCACUGGCAAUACAGUCCUGUAUGAAGCUGUUGAGGUGGAAACUCAAGAACGGUCCUACAAAAGCAGUAGCCCUGCUAGCAGCAUCCAAGAUCGAAAGGCUGUGCAUCUCAGUCCUGACUCGGCGCAGACUCCGUCUGAUGGCAAGCACCGAUCAAGACCAGUCAGUAUUUAUGAUCCGAACUUGACUUUUGAUUCGAUAUUAGGCAGCAACGCGUCCAGCUCAAAAGCCCAGAAAUAG